GGUUUUAGGUCUCUCUUACAAGCCGCAGAAGGUAGAGCAGGAAGUUCGCCUCCGGAUCGAAAAUGGUGAAGGGACGUCAAGGAGAGAGAGUCAGACUCUAUGUAAGAGGAACCAUCCUCGGAUACAAAAGGUCGAAAUCAAACCAGUACCCAAACACAUCAUUGAUUCAGAUUGAGGGAGUCAACACCAAGGAGGAGGUAGCUUGGUAUGGUGGUAAGAAGAUGGCCUAUAUCUACAAGGCUAAGGUGAAGAAGAAUGGUUCUCACUACCGUUGCAUUUGGGGCAAGGUAACAAGGCCUCAUGGUAACAGUGGUGUUGUUCGUGCCAAAUUCAAGUCAAAUCUACCUCCCAAAUCUAUGGGAGCAAGAGUAAGAGUCUUCAUGUAUCCCAGCAACAUAUGAAGCUCCCAGAUAUAUUUGAUUAAUGGCUCAGAAGGAUCUUCUGUCUACUUGUUUCUAUGAGCUUAGUUGGACUGUAUUUUUGUGUGUUCCGGCACUAUUUUCUCCAUAUGGAACUAUGUCACUUUUUGCUAAAUUCAAUCAGGGAUUUUUCAAUCCAUUUGUUACUCAUUUCGAAGCUUUGAGAAUCAUAAACCAGUGAUGGUGUAGCUUGAUGCUUGAUUCUUUCAUUUUUCACGUUCAUUGUCAUCAGCAUCAACAACUCUCGACCGUCCAUCUCCUAUAUCCUGUUCAGAUAUUGUUAUGUCAUGCAAUGAAAGAUAUAAACUUCU